AUGGAACAUCUCGCCGUCUUCGUGCUGCUGUGUCUACCCGUCUGCUCGGCAUACCGACUGAGUGGAGCCGUGAGCAAGGACUCAGACGCAGAUUUUGUGAAGCAAUACCUGGAAAAAUACUACAAACUUGCAAAAGAGACGAAACCGUUUGUUAGAAGAAGGGACCAUGGUCCCGUCGUUGAGAAAACCCGAGAAAUGCAGAAGUUCCUCGGGUUGGAGGUGACGGGGAAGCUGGACGCGGACACUCUGGAGAUGAUGCGUAAGCCCAGGUGUGGCGUUCCCGACGUCGGUGACUUCACCACCUUCCCUGGCAUGCCCAAGUGGAGGAAAACCCACCUUACCUACAGGAUUAUAAAUUAUACCUUGGAUUUGCCAAGAGAUGCUGUUGAUUCUGCCAUUGAGAAAGCCCUGAGCCUCUGGCAGGAGGUGACCCCACUGACCUUCUCCAGGGCUGAUGAAGGAGAGGCUGACAUAAAGAUCUCCUUUGCAGUUAGAGAUCAUGGAGACUUUAGCCCUUUUGAUGGACCUGGAAAUGUUUUGGGUCAUGCCUACCCGCCCGGCCCCGGCAUUUAUGGACACGUUCACUUUGACGACGAUGAACUCUGGGUGGAGAAUCAGCCAGGAACCAACUUAUUCCUGGUCGCUGCUCAUGAACUUGGCCACUCCCUGGGUCUCUUUCACUCGGCCGACCCUCGCGCUCUGAUGUACCCAGUCUACAGCGCACACACAGACCUGGCCCGCUUCCGCCUUUCUCAAGAUGACGUGGAUGGCAUCCAGUCCCUGUACGGAUCUCCCCCUGUCUCCCCAGGUGGUCCCGUGGUGCCCACGGAAUCUGUGACUUCAGGACCAGGGACCCCAGCCGCGUGCGACCCCGCUUUGUCCUUCGAUGCGGUCAGCACCCUGAGGGGAGAAAUCCUCUUCUUUAAGGACAGAUAUUUCUGGCGCAGAUCUCAUUGGAGCCUUGAACCUGAAUUUCAUUUGAUUUCUACAUUUUGGCCCUCUCUACCCUCAGACUUGGAUGCUGCAUAUGAAGUUACAAGCAAAGAUACCCUUUUUGUGUUUAAAGGUAAUCAGUUCUGGGCCGUGAGAGAAACGGAGGUAGUAGCAGGUUAUCCGAAAGGCAUCCACACCCUGGGUUUUCCUGCAACAGUGGGGAAAAUUGAUGCGGCCUUUUCUGAUAAGGAAAAGAAGAAAACGUACUUCUUCGUAGGGGACAAAUACUGGCGACUUGAUGAAAACAGCCAGUCCAUGGAGCAAGGCUUCCCCAGACUGACAGCGGAUGACUUUCCCGGGGUUGUGGAGGUUGACGCCGUGUUUCAGCACUUUGGAUUUUUCUACUUCUUCAGAGGACCAUUACAGUUUGCGUUUGACCCCAAUGCCAGGAUGAUAACACACACACUGAAGAGUAACAGCUGGUUGUACUGUUAGAUGAGAAAAGGAGAUCGAUUCAAAGGAAUAUAAUAAUUAUUCGCCUAAUUUAUUAUAAGUCAAAAUGAUGAGUUUCCCCCUCUGUUUAGUGGCCAAAGAGCAUGAGCUCUGUAGACAUGUUCAUGGUC